AUGGACGCACUCAAGCGUCCUCUUGUCGCGCUUGCCCUGGCGCUGCCAGUUCUCGCAUCCAUCGGUUCAUGGACAGUCGGUGGAGCCCAUGAUUGGUAUGGCGAUUCCUAUACCAAAAACAUCCCCAGUCAUCUCGCUCCACUCGACGUGUCUUCUGGCUCCGACUCGUUGGUCCGUCGACAACAACCCCCAAAUUGUGCCCCGCCAGCAAAUCCGACGCUUGCACCAGUCGAACGCCUCAACAACCCAUUCGUGUUCCUCGAUGGAAGACCAGUCGCCGACGACGCAGAUUGGUAUUGCCGUCGUCAGGAGAUCGCUACACUCUUCCAACGAUACGAACUCGGUACUCUUCCUCCCAACCCUGCAUCGGUCUCCGCAUCGCUUUCUGGAACGACUCUCACCAUCAACGUGGCUAGCAGCAAUGCGACCACUUCCUUCGAGGCUUCGAUUGAAUACCCCCAAGGAGGCGGUGAUGGUCCUUUCCCGGCCAUCAUUGCCCUCGGAGGAUCCUCGUUACCUACCCCAGCUGGUGUCGCCGUUAUCUCCUUCAACAACCGAGAGAUUGCCUUUGACAGCGGUCCUAUCGGACGCGGCCAAGGCAAGUUCUACCACCUCUACGGCGCAUACCACCCCGCUGGCGCGUUGAUGGCAUGGACCUGGGCCGUCUCCCGCAUCAUCGAUGGACUCGCCCUCACCCCUGGUGCAAGAAUCGAUGUCGGCAAGCUCGCAGUCACAGGUUGUUCGGUCGCUGGCAAGGGUGCCCUCGUCGCAGGUGCUUUCGAGCCAAGGAUCGCCUUGACAAUUCCAGUCGAAUCAGGAACUGGAGGUGCAGGUUGCUGGCGUAUCGCGGACGACAUUCGUGAAGGUGGAGGUGCUAUCGUUACUGCCUCCGAGUUGGCCAACACUACCACCUACUACUCUACCUCCUUCAACGCCUUCGCGACCAACAUCCCAACCCUCCCCAUCGAUCACCAUCUCCUGCAAGCUCUCGUCGCACCCCGUGGUUUGUUGAUCCUCGACAACAGCCAAUACUCCUGGUUGGGCCCUGCUUCCGUUUUUGGAUGCAGUAAGACCGCCAACGGUGUGUACCGUGCUCUCGGUAUCGGUGAUAGGCUUGGUGUUUCCAUCGUUGGAGGCCACGACCACUGUGUCUUCCCAGGUCAACAAUACCCCGAGUUCCAAGCCUACAUCAACAAGUUCUUGCGAGGAAUCGACGGAGAGAACACCAAUGUCCUCAAGAGCGACGUUCCCAACAACGGUGGCUUCGACGAAGCCAAGUUCGUCAACUGGACCAUUCCUCAACUCGUUGCGCCUCCACCGCCACCCCCGCCUCCGGAGCCUGGUGUCUGCGACGCGCCCCUCGAUCUCGACCUUACCACGCCCAUCCCGCGUCUCAACAAUCCCUUCGUCUUCCUCAACGGUUCCGACGUCAGCGACACGAACGAUUGGUACUGCCGUCGUCAAGAGAUCAGUUCCUUGUUCCAGCGUUGGGAACUUGGUUAUCUUCCUCCUCGCCCUUCGUCUGUUACUGGUACCCUCUCCGGUAACACCCUCACCAUCUCCGUCACCAACGAAGGACGCACGAUCUCGUUCACGGCUUCGAUCACCUACCCCGAAGGCAACGGUCCGUUCCCAGCCAUCAUCGCCGUUGGAGGUUCGACCAUCCCAGCACCUGCCCAAGUCGCCAUCAUCACUUUCAACAACCGCGAGCUCGCCGUCGACGAUGGUACUCGAGGCCAAGGAAAGUUCUACGACCUUUAUGGCAACAACCAUUCGGCUGGUGUCCUCAUGGCGUGGGCCUGGGGUGUUAGUCGGGUCAUCGACGCCAUCUCCUCCGUCCCCAACUCGCGCAUCGACCCCGGUAAACUUGGUGUCACGGGUUGCUCCAAUAACGGAAAGGCUGCUUUGAUCGCUGGUGCCUUCGAGCAGAGGUUGGCGUUGACGAUUCCGGUUGAGACUGGCACUGGAGGUGCUGGUUGCUGGAGGCUUGCUGAUGAUUUGAGGGAGAAUGGAGUCGGUCUUGUUACCGCUCGUGACCUCGUCAGCACCACCUCGUACUAUGCCACCGCCUUCACCCCCUUCGCCGAGAACAUCCCCACGCUCCCCUUCGACCACCAUUUGCUCGCAUCGCUCGUCGCACCCCGAGGUCUCCUCGUUCUCGACAACUCGCAGUACCCCUGGCUCGGCCCACCUUCGGUCUACGGGUGCAUGGUCACCGCCAACAAGGUGUACCAAGCCCUCGGUAUCCGUGACCGUCUUGGUGUUUCCAUCGUCGGAGGACACGACCACUGUGUCUUCCCAGGCCAGCAGUACCCCGAACUUCAGGCAUUCGUCAACAAGUUCUUGCGAGGAAGCCAGAACGAGAACACGAACUUCAUCAAGACCGACGUACCCAACAACGGUGGCUUCGAUGAAGAUGAGUGGGUUGACUGGGAGGUACCGAACCUCAUCCCCGUCGUUGAGCCCCCUCCACCACCUCCCCCUGGUGUUUGCGACGCCCCUCUCGAACUCGACCUCACCGCCAACCCUACCCUCAACAACCCAUUCGUCUUCGUCAACGGGUCCAAGACCGUCGAGAAUACUGGGGACUGGUACUGCCGUCGACAGGAGAUUGGAAGUCUCGUCCAGAGGUUCGAGUUGGGUUACCAGCCGGAGAACGCGACGACUACCGGUUCGCUUUCAGGGAACGUCCUCACCGUCAACGUCUCCCAUGAAGGUCGCUCGAUCACCUUUGCCGCCACCAUCACCUACCCCACUGGAAACGGACCGUUCGCCGCCCUCAUUGGUAUUGGAGGAUCGACUGUCCCUCAGGCUCCCGAGAUCGCCACCAUCACCUUCAACAACCAGGAGAUCGCUGUCGACAACGGUGUCCAGGGUCGUGGUCAGGGCAAGUUCUACGAUCUCUACGGGUCGAACCACUCGGCUGGUGCGCUUUUGGCGUGGGCUUGGGCUGUCAGCAGGGUCAUUGACGCGCUCGCUGCUACCCCCAACGUUCGCAUCGACGUCGGCAAGUUGGGUGUAACGGGUUGCUCAGCGAGUGGUAAAGCCGCGCUCGUCGCUGGUGCCUUCGACCCUCGUCUGUCGCUCACCAUCCCCGUCGAGUCUGGUAUCGGUGGUGCCGGUUGCUGGAGGAUCGCUGAUGACAUCAGGGCUGGUGGUGGCGCGAUUGUUACGGCUGGAGAGCUUGCGAACACGACCUCGUACUUCACCCCUGCGUUCGCUGCACUCGCCAACAAUAUCCCCACCCUUCCCUUCGAUCACCAUCUCCUCGCUGCUAUGGUCGCUCCCCGUGGUCUCCUCGUCCUCGACAACUCGCAAUACUCGUGGUUGGGUCCUCCUGCUGUCUAUGGAUGUAUGGUCACUGCCAACAAGGUCUACCAGGCUCUUGGCAUCCGUGAUCGUCUUGGUGUGUCGAUCGUUGGCGGACAUGACCAUUGUGUCUUCCCAGGUCAACAGUAUCCCGAGUUCCAGGCCUUUAUCAACAAGUUCCUGCGAGGCGCUGUCAACGAGAACACCAACUACAUCAAGACGGACGUGCCGAACAAUGGUGGCUUUGACGAAGCCAAGUGGGUUAACUGGCAGGUACCGAACCUCGUCCCCGUCGUCGAGCCUCCUCCCCCACCUCCCCCGCAAGUCUGCGACGCACCUGCUGAGCUCGACCUCACCCCUGUCAGCCGACUCAACAACCCCUUCGCGUUCGUCAAUGGUUCCAAGACGGUCGAGACAAGCGAUGACUGGUUCUGUCGUCGUCAGGAGAUUUCGAACCUCUUCCAGAGGUUGGAGUUGGGCUUCAUCCCUGGUCGUCCCACCACCGUUUCGGGCUCGCUCUCCGGCAACACGCUCACCAUCAACGUCGGCCACGAAGGACGCUCCAUCUCGUUCACCGCUACCAUCACCUACCCUCAAGGCAACGGUCCCUUCGCCGCCAUCAUCGGUAUCGGUGGUUCCACCCUCCCUCCUCCGCCAGAAGUCGCUGUCAUCAACUUCAACAACCAGGAGAUUGCGGUGGACAGUGGUACGACGCGUGCGCAGGGCAAGUUCUACGACCUGUAUGGUGCUAACCGCUCGGCUGGUUCACUCGCUGCGUGGGCGUGGGCUGUCUCGAGGAUCGUCGACGCCGUCUCUUCGACUCCCAACAUCCGAAUCGACGCUGGCAAGUUGGCUGUCACUGGUUGCUCUGCAGCUGGUAAAGCCGCUUUGGUCGCUGGUGCCUUUGAGCAGCGUAUCGCGCUCACGCUCCCUGUCGAGUCGGGUAUUGGUGGUGCUGGUUGCUGGAGGAUUGCCGACGAUUUGAGGAAUGGAGGUGCUGCGAUUGUCACGGCUGGCGAGUUGGCGAACACCACUGCGUACUUCUCCAGGGAUUUCAACCCCUUCGCUGCGAACAUCCCCACCCUGCCGUUCGACCACCAUCUCCUCGCUGCGCUCGUUGCGCCUCGUGGUCUCCUCGUCCUCGAUAACUCGCAGUAUUCGUGGUUGGGUCCGCAGUCGGUGUAUGGGUGUAUGGUUACGGCGAACAAGGUCUUCCAGGCUCUCGGUAUCCGCGACAGGUUGGGCGUCUCGAUCGUUGGUGGGCACGACCACUGUGUGUUCCCCGGCCAGCAGUACCCCGAGUACCAAGCCUUCGUCAACAAGUUCUUGCGCGGUAUCACGAGCGAGAACACAAACGUUAUCAAGACCGACCAGCCUAACAAUGGUGGAUGGGAUGAAGCCAAGUGGGUCGAUUGGACUGUGCCUAACCUUGCUCCUGGUCAGCCUCCUGUUGAACCUCCCCCACCGCCGCCACCGCAAGUCUGCGACGCACCCGCCGAGCUCAACCUCUCCGCCGUCGAUCGCCUCAACAACCCCUUCGCUUUCGUCAACGGCUCCAAGAACGUCGAGGACGUCAACGACUGGUACUGUCGUCGCCAAGAGAUCGGUAGCUUGUUCCAGCGCCUGGAGUUGGGCUAUGUUCCUGCUCGCCCGUCGACCGUCACCGGCUCCAUCUCUGGAAACGCGCUCACCGUCACCGUCGGUCACGAGGGUCGCACUACCAGCUUCACUGCUAACAUCACCUACCCUCAAGGCAACGGCCCCUUCGCUGCGAUCAUCGGUAUCGGUGGCUCCUCCGUCCCCGCCCCUCCUGAAGUCGCCAUCAUUACGUUCAACAACCAGGAGAUUGCGGUUGACAAUGGAGUCGCUGGUCGUGGCCAGGGCAAGUUCUACGACUUGUACGGCACAGGUCACACUGCUGGCACUCUCGUCGCGUGGUCUUGGGCAGUGUCUCGCAUCAUCGACGCCCUCCAGUCCACUCAGAACUCGCGUAUCGAUGCUGGCAAGUUGGCUGUGACGGGCUGUUCGGCUGCUGGUAAAGCUGCCUUGGUGGCUGGUGCCUUCGAGCAACGUCUGUCGCUUACCAUCCCUGUGGAGUCGGGUAUCGGUGGUGCUGGAUGCUGGAGAGUCGCUGAGGAGUUGAGGAGAGGAGGUGCUGCGAUCGUUACCGCCGGUGAACUUGCGAACACGACCUCGUACUACUCGCGGGAUUUCAACCCCUUCGCGGCCAACAUCAACACUCUUCCUUUCGACCACCAUCUCCUCGCUGCCAUGGUCGCCCCUCGCGGUUUGCUCGUCCUCGACAACUCUCAGUUCUCGUGGUUGGGUCCUCAGGCUGUUUACGGAUGCAUGGUCACAGCGAACAAGGUUUACCAGGCUCUCGGUAUUCGCGAUCGUCUCGGUGUUUCGAUUGUUGGAGGCCACGAUCACUGCGUGUUCCCUGGUCAGCAGUAUCCCGAGUUCCAGGCGUUCAUCAACAAGUUCCUCCGUGGCAUCACCAGCGAGAACACCAACGUCAUUAAGACCGAUCAGCCCAACAACGGUGGAUGGAACGAGUCGAGAUGGGUGGAUUGGACUGUUCCCACCCUCGUUCCUGGCCAGCCUCCCACUGAACCACCCGUCGAGCCACCCCCACCUCCUCCACCCCAGGUCUGUGACGCCCCCGCCGAGCUCAACCUCUCCGCCGUCGAUCGCCUGAACAACCCCUUCGCCUUCGUCAACGGCUCCAAGAACGUCGAGGACGUCAACGACUGGUACUGUCGUCGCCAGGAGAUCGGUAACUUGUUCCAGCGCUUGGAGUUGGGCUAUGUCCCUGCUCAGCCCUCGACCGUCACUGGCUCGCUCUCUGGCAACUCCCUCACCGUCACCGUUGGUCAUGAAGGACGAACGACGAGUUUCACCGCCAACAUCACGUACCCUCAAGGCAAUGGUCCGUUCGCCGCCAUCAUCGGUAUUGGUGGUUCCACUGUUCCCAACCCUCCUGAAGUCGCCGUCAUCACGUUCAACAAUCAGGAGAUUGCGGUGGAUAACGGUGUUGCUGGUCGUGGCCAGGGCAAGUUCUACGACCUCUAUGGAACUGGUCACACCGCUGGCAGCCUUGUCGCUUGGUCGUGGGCCGUGUCUCGAAUCAUCGACGCCCUCCAGUCUACCCAGAACACUCGCAUCGACGUUGGCAAGCUCGCCGUCACCGGUUGCUCAGCUGCGGGUAAGGCUGCGUUGGUUGCUGGUGCUUUCGAGCAGCGUCUGUCCCUGACCAUCCCCGUCGAGUCUGGAAUUGGAGGAGCUGGAUGCUGGAGAGUCGCUGAGGAGCUUCGUCGUGGAGGUGCCGCGAUCGUCACCGCUGGUGAGCUCGCCAACACCACCUCGUACUACUCUCGUGACUUCAACCCCUUCGCCGCUAACAUCAACACCCUUCCUUUCGAUCAUCACCUCCUCGCUGCUAUGGUCGCUCCCCGUGGUCUUUUGGUUCUCGACAACUCUCAGUACUCGUGGCUCGGUCCUCAGUCUGUCUACGGCUGCAUGGUCACCGCAAACAAGGUCUAUCAAGCACUCGGCAUCCGCGAUCGUCUCGGUGUUUCGAUUGUUGGAGGCCACGAUCACUGCGUGUUCCCUGGUCAGCAGUAUCCCGAGUUCCAGGCGUUCAUCAACAAGUUCCUCCGUGGCAUCACCAGCGAGAACACGAACGUCAUCAAGACCGACCAACCCAACAACGGCGGAUGGAACGAGUCGAGAUGGGUCGACUGGACUGUCCCCACCCUCGUUCCUGGUCAGCCACCUACCGAGCCUCCCGUCGAACCUCCUGCACCUCCCCCACCUCAGACCUGCGACGCCCCAGCCGAACUCAACCUCACAGCUGUCGAUCGUCUCAACAAUCCAUUCGCGUUCAUCAACGGUUCGAAGACUGUCACCACCGCCGAUGACUGGUAUUGCCGACGACAAGAGAUUUCCAACCUCUUCCAGCGACUCGAGUUGGGUUACGUUCCUCCCCGCCCGGCGACUGUCACUGGAUCCCUCUCUGGUAACUCGCUCACCAUCAACGUCGGGCAUGAAGGUCGUUCCACCAGCUUCACCGCCAACAUCACCUACCCUCAGGGCAACGGGCCGUUCGCGGCUAUCAUCGGUAUUGGCGGCUCGACCGUUCCGGCUCCGCCCGAGGUCGCCAUCAUCACCUUCAACAACCAGGAGAUCGCAGUCGACAACGGUGUCGCUGGUCGCGGACAAGGCAAGUUCUAUGACCUCUAUGGAACUGGCCACACCGCAGGCAACCUCGUCGCUUGGUCCUGGGCCGUUUCACGCAUCAUCGACGCUCUUCAAUCGACGCAGAACACUCGCAUCGAUGUUGGCAAGAUCGCUGUCACUGGAUGUUCGGCUGCGGGUAAGGCUGCGUUGGUCGCUGGUGCCUUUGAGCAGCGCAUCUCUUUGACGAUCCCUGUGGAGUCGGGCAUUGGAGGAGCAGGAUGCUGGAGGGUUGCUGAAGAACUUCGUCGUGGAGGAGCCGCCAUCGUUACCGCCGGUGAGCUCGCCAACUCGACCUCGUACUACUCGCGCGACUUCAACCCCUUCGCCAACAACGUCAACACCCUUCCCUUCGAUCAUCACCUCCUCGCUGCUAUGGUCGCUCCCCGUGGUCUCCUCGUCCUCGACAACUCUCAGUACUCAUGGCUCGGUCCCCAGUCGGUGUAUGGAUGCAUGGUCACUGCGAACAAGGUUUACCAGGCUCUGGGCAUUCGCGAUCGUCUCGGUGUCUCCAUCGUCGGCGGUCACGACCACUGCGUCUUCCCCGGUCAGCAAUAUCCCGAGUUCCAGGCGUUCAUCAACAAGUUCCUCCGUGGCAUCACCAGCGAGAACACCAACGUCAUCAAGACCGAUCAGCCCAACAACGGUGGAUGGGAUGAAUCGCGAUGGGUCAACUGGCAAGUUCCCAACCUUGCACCCGGACAGCCGCCCGUCGAUCCUCCCACUCCUCCCACUCCCGGCUCUUGUUCCGCACCGCAGAACAUCACGUUGACCCCCAACACCCGCCUCAACAACCCGUUCUCCUUCGUCAACGGCUCCAAGUCGGUUACGACCACUGACGACUGGUUCUGCAGACGCCAAGAACUUACCGACCUCUUCCAACGCUACCAACUCGGUACCCUCCCCGGACGGCCUUCGACCGUCACCGGCUCCCUCUCUGGCAAUACGCUGACCGUCUCCGUCUCCAACGGUGGUCAAAGCACUUCGUUCACGGCCUCCAUCAACUACCCGACUGGUGACGGACCCUUCCCCGCCUUCAUCGCCAUCGGUGGUUCGACUCUACCUCAACCCGCCGCCGUCGCCGUGAUCACCUUCAACAACCAGGAGAUCGCUGUCGACAAUGGUGCCGCCUCUCGAGGCCAGGGCAAGUUCUACGAUGUCUACGGUUCCAACCAUCCCGCUGGUGCUCUCGUCGCCUGGUCAUGGGCUGUCAGUCGCAUCAUCGACGCUCUCGGCGCUGUUCAGAACUCUAGGAUCGAUCUCGGCAAGCUUGGUGUCACCGGUUGUUCCGCGAAGUGGCAAGGCCGCUCUCGUCGCUGCCAGUACUCGUGGCUCGGUCCUCAAGCUGUGUACGGUUCCGCUGUCUCUGCGAGCAGGGUCUACCGAUCCCUCGGCAUCGCGGAUCGACUUGGCGUCUCCAUCGUUGGCGGCCACGACCACUGCGUCUUCCCUGGACAGCAGUACCCCGAGUAUCAGGCCUUCGUCAACAAGUUCCUCCGAGGUAGCCUCACCGAGAACACCAACUUCAUCAAGACCGAUGUUCCCAACAACGGAGGCUUCGAUGAAGGACGAUGGAUCGACUGGACCCUCCCCACGCUCGCCCCCGGUCAGCCACCUACUGAACCACCGACUCAGCCCCCCACCAACCCGAACGUUUGCGCUGCACCCCAGAAUCUCACCCUCACCGCGAACACUCGCCUCACCAGUCCUUUCACCUUCGCCGGUAGCACUCGAGCGGUCACGUCCACCAACGACUGGUUCUGUCGUCGUCAGGAACUCACGGACCUCUUCCAGCGUUACGAACUCGGUACCAUCCCAAGCCCUCCUUCGUCUGUGACCGGAUCGAUCUCGAACACCACCCUCACCGUCAACGUCUCGCAUAACGGUCGAUCGACCUCCUUCGUCGCCUCGAUCACCUACCCCACCGUCGGUGAAGCGCCCUUCCCCGCCAUCAUUGGCAUUGGCGGCUCGGCUCUCCCGACUCUCCCCGGUAUCGCGGUCAUCACGUUCAACGCCCAGGAGAUCGCUGUCGACAACGGAGCUGCUGCGCGUGGUCAAGGGAAGUUCUACGACCUCUACGGCUCUGACCACUCCGCUGGUGUCUUGGCAGCCUGGUCCUGGGCUGUUAGUCGCGUCAUCGACGCUGCCGGCUCGACUCAGAACAGCAGAAUCGACGCCUCCAAGAUCGCCGUCACCGGUUGUUCCGGCUCUGGAAAGGCUGCCUUGGUCGCUGGCGCCUUCGAUCAACGUAUCUCGCUGACGAUUCCUCAAGAGUCGGGAACUGGUGGAGCAGGGUGCUGGCGUAUCGCUGAUGAGCUUCUCAGGAACGGACAGGGUAUCGUCACCGCCGCCGAGUUGGUUAACUCGACAGCCUACUUCGCACGGGACUUCAAUCCAUUCGCCUCCCAGGUCAACAACCUCCCCUUCGACCACCAUCUCCUCGCCGCUCUCGUCGCUCCCCGAGGCCUUCUCGUUCUCGACAACACUCAGUACUCGUGGCUAGGCCCUCAAUCCGUCUACGGCUGCAUGAGGACCGCCAACAAGAUCUACGAGUCGCUCGGCAUCGCGGACCGCAUGGGUGUGUCGCUCGUCGGUGGUCAUGACCAUUGUGUCUUCCCUGGGCAGCAAUACCCCGAGCUCAACGCCUUCGUCAACAAGUUCCUACGCGGCAGCUUGAACGAAAACACCAACGUCAUCAAAACGGAUGCGCCCAACAACGGAGGAUUCGACGAGUCCCGAUGGGUUGAUUGGACCACUCCGAGACUAUCAUAG